GGCUGCCCAGCCUGUCCUCAUGGCCGGGCACACCAGGAUCCCCUUCCCGUGCCACCCUUGUCCCUGGGGUGCACAGGGGACGCCGGUGCCCCGGCCAUCAGCAAGGGCUGAGGAACACCCCCAGGAGCUAGUCAGAGGGCUUGGCUCUGGUCCUCACCUGGCCCCCACCCCUGCCUUUUCUCUCCUGGCCAGAUCCAUCCUGCUCCACUUGGGCUAUGCCAAGGGAGGAUGAGAGCACCCUGAAAGCCAUCCUAGGCUUCAUCAGGUGUAGACCAGAGCAUCUGGACCAGAAGCUGAUCUUUCUGGACUCUCUCCGCACCUUCUGUGUGGACCCCACACUGCAAGGAGUGUUGCACUUCUUCCAGGAGGAGGUGAUCAUGACCAUUCAGUGGCUGCUGCAGGAGGAGCCCAUUGACUGCCUGGACACCGCGGUGCGGCAGCAAGCCAUGCUGGCCACGGCCACCAUGAGUAGAGCCAGGCUGCUUCAGCAAGACAAGUACAGCAUCCUGCAGGCCUGCUUCAAGAGCGUCUUCAGCCUGCCUCCACAGCACAGCCGGGGCUCUGCGGCUUUCCUCUACUCCAAGACCCUGUCUGCGAUGGACAGCAUGUUGCAGGCACUGGUCUGCAGCGCUGGCACCCUUGGCGGCGUGGAGCUGCAGAACAUCUUGAAGGUGCUGCUGCCCUACACCUGUUCCCAGCUGCCAGAGGUGCAGAAGAGAGCCAUGGCACAGAUCGCUAGGCUGCUCAACUUCAUCAACAACUCCUCAGGGCUGGAGAUCUGCCCCUGUUUUGCUCAGAGGAAGAUCCUCAGACAUGAGUGCCCCAAGAUCCAGAAGUUUGGUCUGCUGGGGAAGCUGGUGGGGCAGCUCACCCUCUCCUGCACCUGCAAGGACAAGGAGACCUCCUGCGAGGCUGCAGAAGCUCUCUAUGAACUGCACAUCUUCGUCCUGCAGCAGACAAGCAAGGUGGAGUGGAUGGAUUACAGUGGGCAGCUGCAGCCUCUGGUGGGCUCACAGAAGCAGUCUUGGAUGUUCUUCAGGGAGUAUCGUGCCAGGAGACUCUUCUCGGUAAGCAGUGCCCACGGCUCCUGGCCAGGGUGUCAGUGUGGCUGA